UCCUCUGCCUACCCUUUGCUUUUGGUGAUCUCCAGGGCUCUGUCUUUAGCCUUAUCUUACUCUAUUCUCUCUCCCUGUGAGAUUUUAUCAAUUCUUAGAGGUUUUCUGUAGACUCUCCAGUGAGAUCCCUAAGCUGGGGAGUGGGACCAUUGUUUCUACCCAUAUCCCUAAUGGUCACUACAGAACUUGGCACAUACAAGUGCCAACAAAAUAUCUGAAUGAAUGACAACUCCCAGCUCUACCUCCAGACUGGAGCUGAGCUUCCAGACCUGGAUGCUCAACUGCCCACUAGACAUGCAAAGGAUGUUAGCCAAAUAAGGGGAAAGUGGGGAUAGGGUAAAGGGGGAAAGAGUAUUCCAGGAAGAAGAGAUCAAGCCCUACCAACUUCAUUUCCAGAGUUGUUAAGCUCAUUUCUUUCUUCCAUCUCCACUGACAGAGACCUUCCCUCUUACCUGGCCCAUGGUCAUGGUCUCCCUGACUCAUCUUGCUCCCCUCCACUCGGCAGUCCUGUGCCACUCGGUGGCAAAAUCUAAUCCCCUUCCUCCCCUGCUGAUACCCCUCAGCUGGUUUACAAGGCCUCCUCUCACAUUUUGUGCUGCAUAACAGAGAAGGAAUUGUAGGCCCCUGAAGACCCCAAGCUGUCUCUCCUCGGGGGCCUUUGCUCUAGGGGCCGGUCCCUGCGAACUGGCGUGCCCCCUCUGCGCGCUCUUAAAGACACAGUUCAGGUGUCACUGCCUCUGGAAUGCCCACCUAGGGCUCCCAGCUUGAACUGCCUCCCCUCCCCUUCAGUCCUGGUAAAGGAGGGCCCUAACAAUCGUUGAGUCCCAGAAGGCUCCACUUCCGGGUUCGUCUGCUUCAACCAGCCAGUGAGCUCGGGCGAGCCAGUCCAUUCUGGGUCUCACUACCCCCACCCCAUCCGUUUGUAGAGUGGCGCUAGGUCAGACCUCGCCUGAAGACCCUGCCAUCUGCAGCUGGGCGACUUAGCCCCGCCCCCUCACCGCCCUUGCACGGCACCGCCCCACUCUUCCGUGCUCCCCCCCGAAGAAAUGGUUCGACCGAAGGGGCGGUGCCAAGGUGACUGGCCGCUCCUAUUGGUCAGGGCGAACCGUACCACGGCGGUGGCGGGGGAGCGCUUCGUGGGCAGCCGGCGGGCUCCGAGGCGGUGAGUGCAAAGCCUCAGACCCCGGCUCGCUCCUGGGUUGCGCCGUGCUAGGCCGCCCGCCGGGAUGCAGUGGGCCGUGGGCCGGCGGUGGGCGUGGGCCGCGCUGCUCCUGGCUGUCGCAGCGGUGCUGACCCAGGUCGUCUGGCUCUGGCUGGGUACGCAGAGCUUCGUCUUCCAGCGCGAAGAGAUAGCGCAGUUGGCGCGGCAGUACGCUGGGCUGGACCACGAGCUGGCCUUCUCUCGGCUGAUCGUGGAGCUGCGGCGGCUGCACCCAGGCCACGUGCUGCCCGACGAGGAGCUGCAGUGGGUGUUCGUGAAUGCGGGUGGCUGGAUGGGCGCCAUGUGCCUUCUGCACGCCUCGCUGUCCGAGUAUGUGCUGCUCUUCGGCACCGCCCUAGGCUCCCGCGGCCACUCGGGGCGCUACUGGGCUGAGAUCUCGGAUACCAUCAUCUCUGGCACCUUCCACCAGUGGAGAGAGGGCACCACCAAAAGUGAGGUCUUCUACCCAGCUCUCCAGCGCCCCCUGCCCCCGAAGCUGGCUGGAAGGAAGGUGGGAGACACCUGUUGGGUGGCUGAGAGCGGCAGAGCCCACAGGGGCCUCUCCCCAUGCGCCCCGCCCGCCCUGUCCGGCUCGGGUCCCGCCCCCGCGGCCCCCGCAAGCAACGCGGCGAGUGAGCGCACAGCGGCCAGAGGAGCGCAGGGCGGCGGGAGCGCACCGCGGGGACCCAGCCGAGGCCAGGGCCGCCAGGGAGGCGGGCAGAGCAAAGGCAGCGCCGUGGAGACGCCGGGGGCAGCGGGCCACGCCAGGCAGGUGAGUGCGGCCGCGGGGCCCCCGGAGCGAGAGAGCGGGGCGUCGCGACUCCGCCACCUCCUGCCCAUCCGGUCCCGUGCCCGUCCCAGGCUCUGCCCCACCGCCCUCCAUCCCGGCGACUCCUUGGUCCCUGUCCUCUGCCCCUCUCUCCGGCUGUUUUCCCCGUCCUGUCUCAGUCGGUCUCUCUCUAUUUCACUAUCUCUUUCUAAUUUCUCUUUUCUGUCUGCUUCCUGCUGUCUUGGUCUUUCCCUGUCUCUCAACACCUGCCUCACUAUUUGUCUAUCUCCGCCUCUGUCUCUCCGUUUCUGUCCGUCUCUGAGUUACCUGUCACUUAGGUCUUUUAUCUCUUGCUCCUCUACCUCUCUUACCCUCCCUGUCUCUCUACCCAAUAUUCUAUCUCUCUCCAUCUCUGUCUCUCUACCCUGUCUCUGCCUGAUAUUUCUGCCUCUCUGCAUCUUGGUCCCUCUCAGUCUCUGUGUCACCCCACUUCUUUCUCUCCUGUCACCCUGUUCCAUCUCUAUUUUCACAUCUUCCUGUCAUUGUCUCUGUCGGACAUCCCCCCUUCUCCUUUUCUUUCUCUCUCCCUCCCUUCACCAUUUCCCGAUGUCUCUUGGUCCCUGUCACCCUCUCUGAUCUGCUCACUCUUCCAGUCCUCAGUCAAUGGCCAUUUCUGAUUCCCGGGGUCUGGUCCUGUUUCUGUUCACCUCUGGGAAAGCCAUCUUUCUGCCUCUUUCCUUGUGACUCCUGCACUUCCCUGAAUCCAUGACACCACCUCCCCCUGUGUUGGGGGCUAUGGGGGCAGCAGGGCCCAGCACCCAUAAUUCCCUCCCC